AUGAACACCUACUCCACACCCGCGUACGGCUCAGGCAGUUCUGGAGGUGGUGACGGUGGCUCAGGUUAUCAAAGCUGCAUGCAGGUGUGCGCUGCGUCCUAUGGUGCUCCUACGAUGGCAUCCUCUGUAUGGUCCGCUCCCCCCGCUACGACUACUGCAGCGGGUAGUUCUGGUUGCACGCACACUGUUAUUGUUGCUCCUACCCAGGGCGUUUUGCGUUAUGUGCCUUUCGCCAUCAAUGCGUCCGUUGGUGACACCGUUGCAUUUGUCUGGAAUGCCAACAAACAUACUGUUACAAAGUCAUCCGAACUGGCGAUCUGCAAUAAAACUUCGGACAUGCCAUUUACUUCUGGGGUGCAAAAUCAGAGCUUCGUUUUCACCCAAAAGGUCAACGAUACCAAUACAACAUUCUUCUACUGUGGAGUUACUGGACACUGUCAGAAAGGAAUGUUCGGUAUCCUAAACCCUCCCAAUGCUAUAACCGGUAGCAAUGCAACGGUUUCCGGUAUGAUGCCUGUCAUGGCUUCGAACAGCUCGAACAUGACUGCAAUGGUUCAGUACACCCAAAUGGUGACGGCGAACAAUACCGUGGCUGGCAACUGGGGUGGAAACAUCGACAUGAGCAGCAUGCCUGAAUCGUCCUACCAAUACAUGCUGGAAAAUGUGUUGUAUACGCGAACUUUCCUAGCCGCUAACCCUGAAGUUUUGUCAGCAGACGGCGUUGUCAACCUUUCUAGCGCGGGAACUACACCACUCAUAAUUCCAAAGGAUAUCAAUGUCGCUGCCGCUAAUUCCCCCAUAGAGCCCACGUCUUCUGGAUCUCCCACUUCUGGAUCACCGACUGCCGAAACUACCAGCAGCAGUACUGGCAAGCCCUCAACAGGUGGUGCUAGGAGCCUCGGUUCAUCAAGCAUUCUCAUCACUGUUGUUGUCACCUCCCUUGCGUUCGUCCUAUGA